CGUUUUUCUGUCGAGUCCCCCGGAUUUCAAUAAGACGCACGCGACCGGCGCCUCUGAGCUCCUCGUCUCUGUCCGCACCAUCGCUGUUCGCCGUUCCAGUGUGAGCGGAAAAGAGGCCCACUCCGAAGCUUAACAGCGAGGUCGUUUCGCCCUCCCGUUUCUUCUCCCUAGUUCUCUCCACAGCUCCAGGGAUCUUCUGCGACGCUCCUUCAUCUCUGCAGACUGCUGCCUUUGACGCGUCCCUCGUCUGUGCCAUUUUGCAUUUCUCUUUGUCGCGGUCGAUCUUCGACUCGUCGAUCCACUCGGCCUGUUAACGCGCAGACCUUGAAAGGGCACCCUGUCUCUCGAAGGCGCCUAGGCGCUGCACAGCGGCCCGAGUUUGAACUCCGUCACGGGAUGCGUCCGCAGCUGAGGAGAAAUCCUCUGACGACAAGCGACUCGAGCUUCUCAGACAGGCGCGAGAGGAACGCGCGUGAGUGAAAGGCAGCGAGAAGAAGGCGAGACAGCUCUGCCUCUUCGGAUUCCCCUUUGUCCCCAAAACGUAUUUUUCGUCUGCCUCUCUGCGACGAAUUGAUCUCGCGGCUUCUCUCUCGACUUUUUCGUCCGUCCGCGUUUCGCAGCUGUUCGUACACAUCUGGUGUCGACGCGUCUCCUUCCUCUGUUCCAGUCUCUGUGUAUGUGCUCCAGCGACAGCGUUCGCGUGUUCCGCGCGUCCCCAGUUCGCGAACCUUCUCUGAAGUGAGCGUCUUCCUUCCUGUGCCUCUCUGGUGUCUCUGCUUCGGCGUCGGAGUCUCUCUGCGUCGCUUUCUCCAAAUCCUCUCAGCGUCGGCCUUCUGUGGCUGUUCUUCCGAAGAGGCGACCCGGUAGAGUUCUCGAGAGACGCUCGAGAGACUCUCCAGCGCCUUUGUGGCCUACGAUUCGAAGGUCGACCCGCCUGCGUCUCGACCGGCGCCGCCGUCGGAGCCUCUUGCUACGGCUCGUGCAACGAUGAAGGAGGCCGUCGCCGUCCCCCUCGCGUCAGUCGAGGAGAAGGAGAGGCAGAAGCUGCAGAAGAAGGAGGAGACAGAGAAGGAGGUGGAGGAGAAGGCGAUCGAGGAGAAGAAGGCAAGGAAGAAGAAGGAGAUCUUGGCCGAGGAUGCACUGGAGGAGAAGGCCUCGUGGCGGGCCGAUCCUGUCGCUGCACCGAGGCCGCGGAAGGCCAGCGACACUCCCCCGACGUCGCCCACAGUCGCAUGGUCCUCGCCGAAAGCUGAACUGAAGAAAGAACGAAAACUUCCGAAGAAUGUGCCAUCCCCCGUCCUCGCGGCCAAGAAGUUCGGCGGCAGAGAGCGCGGCGCAUUGCCGGGCAGACAGUCGCACGGGCAAAUUCGUGUGAAGAAGCAGAAUGUGCCUGCCGGCGAGCAUGCGUUGGAGACAGGGUGGCGGUUUUGGUACUACGACCCGGCCCAGGCGGUCAUGGAGAAUCUCAGGGACGCAACUCUCGCCGCGUUCCCCGAAACCACCCGCGUCUACGCCUCUCGGCUCCGAGGCCUCAGCUGCUUCUCCACGGUCGAGGGAUUCUUCAGGUACAUGCGAUGUCUGGCGCGGCCCUCUCAGCUGCCGGGCGAGUGUCUCCUUCAGCUGUUUCGGAAAGGCUGCUGGCCGCUUUGGGAGUUCUUUCCGAGCGGCGGAAGCUGGAGUCUCCGGGUGAAGAAGCCUGGAUGCUCUGCCCGGACGGUCGACGGCCUCUGGGAGACGCUGGUCCUUGCGUGCAUCGGGGAAACCUUCGAAAUGCCUGAGGUCGUCGGCGUGGUUGUCCAGUCGAAAGCGAAGGAGUUUGUCCUCUCUCUCUGGAUCGACUCCUGCCCGAACGCUGAGGCUCAAAAGCGCAUUGGAGAAAAGCUGGACCAGCUUUGCCGAAUCCGUGGAAAUCUCUCCUUCCAGUUCAAGAGCUUCCAGAUGGUGCUGAAGAAUUGCGGAGCGCCGCCGUCUUCACCUUCUCCCGCGAAGACGCCGGCCGCCAGUCCUCCGCCGUCGCCGUUCCUCCUCGCCGCGUCCUUCGCCUCUCUCGGUUCUUCUGCGCUCUCCCCUGCCGUCCGUCCGGGCAUCUUCUCUCUCUUGAAGGCGAGUGGAGAGAAGUCUGCAGAUCGGCUGGUGCUGGAACCGCGCGCAGACGACGCGACCCAGGAGAAGGAAAACGGAGAUAGUUCUGAGGAAGAGAGCACCGCACAGCCCCCCGAAGGCAAACAGGAAACAGCUGCAAACAGAGAGAAUGAGAAGAGCAAGGAGACCGGAAAGAAGAAGGCGACGAAAGCACCUGGGGGUGGAGGCGAAGCAGAGGAGGCACCGGAGAAGAAGAAUCCGAGAGAGGCCUGAGAGUGGACGUCGCGCGACGCGGCGGAACUGUCGGCUAGCCGUUGAUCUGGGAGAAAAUAAAGAAGUAGGAAAAGGGGGAGAAGGUAGAGGACGAAGAGCAGGAGAGAGCGAACGAAACUCGAAUUAAGGUGGUGAGUCGACAGGAAGGAGUCAGGAGAAACAAGGACGUUUCUUUUCCUCAUGGGUGUCUGGACGAAUCGCCCCUCACAAUUAUUCAGCCGACAGGGGAGACUUCAUGUCUUGCUCGUCACUGGCUUCCUUCGCUCUGGCGAUGAGGAGAGAAGGAGGAGAACGAAUUCACACCAGACAGCGCGGACUUUGAGGAAAACGCAGGACCUACGUUUUCCGAGAACGGGUCUCAGGAACGCGGAAAACGAAACUCAUAAAGCAGGAAACGCGUUUUGUGUUGCGCGUGUGUACACUUUUCCUUUUUUCUACGGACAUGUUCUGUCUUGACAUAAACAUUGAUGUAAAUCGUCACUUUGUUGCCGUGCAUGUGUUUUUCAAAGUUUUUCCAUCCACAAAUGAAAAUGCUUUUCCUCAAAAAGCCGAUCUGAAUCGAGGGGGCGUAUUCUUCGUUUUUCUCGAACGGCGCGACGAGAUCCGUGUCAUCCCGCGCCUUCGACAUUCUUGGACCUCUGUACUACGCCUUUGGCAACUUUUCCGCUUUGCUGACUUUUGCCGCGAUUCACGGUUGUCCCGCAAACGCAAACGCGCGGCGGCCAUGCAGGUGCUGACGGCGCGCGCGCGUCUCGCUCUGUGUCUCCUUUCUGGGUGCAGUGUCUCUCUUCUUGCCGUGCUCGCGCUAAGGCGAGGACCGCGAGAGGCGUCGCGACUCCAUGGUGUGUGCUGUGGAGAGCGGUAACGGGGAUUUUCGUCGUUUGUGGCAUGUCAUCGAGAGACGAGUUCCAGCAAGUCGCGUUUUCUCGACUCUCUGUCUUGUGCGCGAUUUGUGAGCAGAGGAAGUGGAAGAGUGAGUUGUCGGUCAGCGCGUUGUUGGGGGCGACGCAGGACGAGGGAUUUAGAGGCCGCCGAUGUUUGUUUCGCGCAUGCAUCUACACUCUGUUUUUCUUGUUUCCAGUGUCCUUUCAUGGCUUCGUUGCUCCCGGUCACGCGCCUGCUCGAAGCCUGCAUCGGUGAGUCACCCGGGUGUAUCGUUGCCUUCGUGUUUCUCUUUUUCCUAGUCUUUCCUGGAAGUUAUCUCGGACUGCCACCCCGAUGUACGGAGGUCGGACGUCUGCGUUGACAGUCGCGACUCUCUCGCGCAGAAUGCAAGUCUACGUCGUUUGAAACAGAUCUCAUCUGAGCGUGGAUGAAGACCUCUUCGUCGCGUGACGUCCCCGUGCUUUCACAACGCUGCAGAAGGCAGGGACUGUCACACUCACAUUUUUGGGGGGUCGGUGCCAUCGCACCCUGAGGGAAGUUUUUUUAGGCUUGACGCAUGUUUCCUUCAGAGCAAUGUCUUUUGUGCAACGCUUGCAAAUCUCAGUUUUCUUUGUCCACCACCGUCUGCGAAGAGUCGUUUCCAAUGUCGACGUGUCUCUGCAACCCAAAAGCGAUUUCCACAGUUUCUACACACGGUCUACCUUGCAGAUCGUAGACAGUGCAUUCGAAGCAACAGGUCGUUCUGUGCGAGAAGAGCAAUCAAAAAGGAAACUGUUCAACUACAAACCAAGCCGCUCCUGCAGGGAUAAGAAGAGCUCGUCCACUGCCUGAAGAAGGAGAAAUAUGUACGUUAAGUUCUACGUCUGAAUGCCCCAAAAUCAGUGUAGGUUAAUGGAGGGAAGAUCCAGAGAAGCACAAUGCGACGGAACGCGGCAGGGAUCUGUUGUACAGCGUAUGGCAAUGCAGAACAGAG